UGGCUGCAAUCAAUCAUGACUUUUAGCAACUUUUUAGUAUCAUCUGUCUCGGGCGGCGUCCUUCCCACUCUAAUCGGAACGCCGGCGCGUGUCGUACGACGUGCUUAUGGGAAUUUUCACAGGUUAUUAGCUCAAAGUAAGUAUUGAUAUGGCUUCUGAUCCUUUGAUUGCAAGUUUCCCCGUGUUCUACCCCGAUUGUUGCUCUUUUUCCCCCACUGUUCCUUCAACGCCGAUGCCGAUAAUGCUUCAAUGUCCGAAUGCUCACUUGGCCGAUGCCGUUUCCCGAACAAUCAUACAUAAAAAACGGAACAGAGAUUCCCUGCCAGCUCUGAUACACAUCUUUCCAACACGUCUCGUCGUGACCUCAUCAUUACCCGGGUUCCUCGUCCAAGGUCAACUCGAAUCGACGUCGACAGACGGAAUUUUCAUUUCCUUCCUUCCACCCCCUUGGGCCUUGCCAGUUUACAGCCCGUAUUCAUUUCAUGUUUCUCCUGCGUCUGGUUCCCGCGCCGCUCCUCAAAUAAACUUCUCAAUACCGAAAAUACCACCCUCCACCUGCCGUUGGAAUUUACGGGUUACCUAAACGCCUCGCUUCCAUUUUUCAACAACAUAACCAUCUCCUGUACAUCAGCGCUUCAGCGCCCGCGCUGCGCCACCAUUAUGUUGUUCCUCCUGAUGUUAUUCUCGACGGACUACCCGCUCUGGCCUCAUGGCUCUAGCGGUUUCUUCUUCUUCUUUCCCUGGGCUUCGCAAGGACGUGGGUUCGCGAUGAGCGUCCUCGGAAGGAACGAAAAAGGUGCCAGACGGAAAACUAACACUAAAACCAACCUUUCUUCCCCACAGUUGUCUAGCCGA